GCGGCUCCGCUGUGGUCCAGCAUCGAGAGAGCCGUGCGGGCUGGUCGCUGCCCGGGCGCCGGGGCUGUCCGGCUUCUAAGAGGGGUGCGGGUGGAGCACAGCAGUAUCCUCAUCUUUCUGGGAAGAGAAGGCUUUCUUUCCACUGUGAAGCAAUGUUAUGGUUGGCUGUAACCAAAUAUUUGGAGGAGAUGAAUCCUUGAUUCCUGGGCUUUAUAUUAGAGAGAGAACAAAACUAAUGUAAUUUCCAACCAAGUCUCAUUGACGCUCCACAAGAUGAUCAAGACCAGGCCUCUCGGAAGUUGGAGGAUGUUUGGGGAAUGAAUCGGGGGAUUUCGGGAAGAGAGGCUGGCAUCAUGACUGAAGGCAGUUGAGUGCUGCACUGGACUGUUGGACAAAGCCGUCUCUCUGCUGCAGCUUAUACAGCUAGUCAAAUAGCCUAAACCCAACUUUUUACUCACUUCUGGAUGACCAAUGCAUUUCUUAAUUGAUGAUGUCGGGACCUAAAUCUACAACUUCCCCCUUGUUCCAGCUCAUAACAAUGUGUACAAUGCAAAGGCCACAAUUCAGGAUCACAAAAACAUUACUUUUAAAACUUUCUAGAUGAUUGUAGUUGCUUUGGUUGUGUUCUACGCUAGUAGAAGCCUUUUUCAAGGUAUACUGCUGACUUUAGGGCAGCACUUCCCCUUUUUAUUGGGAACCUUGGGGGCUAGCAACAUGGGAAACUCCUGCGUAUGUCGAGAGGAUAGCGGAGUAGAAGACAACGUGGAAUCUCAGAACCGGCAAGCAGAGACCAGUAGAGUACCAGUACCUGAAGCAAGAAGCCAUCCAAGGGACCCUGUAAGGCCACCCAGGAGGGGUCGAGGCCCACAUGAACCAAGAAGAAAAAAACAGAAUGUGGACGGGCUAGUGCUUGACACGCUGGCAGUGAUUCGGACGCUGGUAGAUAAUGACCAGGAGCCUCCGUAUUCAAUGAUCACAUUGCAUGAAAUGGCAGAAACAGAUGAAGGAUGGCUGGAAGUUGUCCAAUCUUUAAUUAGAGUUAUUCCAUUAGAAGAUCCACUGGGACCAGCUGUUAUAACAUUACUACUGGAUGAGUGUCCACUGCCAACAAAAGAUGCACUGCAGAAGUUAACUGAAAUACUAAAUUUGAGUGGAGCUGCUGCAUGCCAAGAUGCUUGUCAUCCAGCCAAACAUCGUAACACAACUGCAGUGCUGGGCUGUUUGGCAGAGAAACUAGCAGGUCCUGCAAGCAUAGGCUUACUCAGCCCAGGAAUAUUGGAAUAUUUACUUCAAAGCUUGAAUUUCCAGUCUCACCCAACAGUGAUGCUUUUUGCACUAAUAGCACUGGAGAAGUUUGCACAAACAAGUGAAAAUAAAAUGACCAUUUCUGAAUCCUGCAUUAGUGACCAGCUUGACUUGUUAGAGAAAUGGACAGAUAAUCCAGAUUAUUUAAAACGCCAAGUUGGAUUCUGUGCCCAGUGGAGUUUAGACAAUCUAUUUUUAAAAGAAGGCAGAGAGUUUACAUAUGAGAAGGUUGACUUGACCAAUAUUAGAGCCAUGCUGAAUAGUAAUGAUGUCAGUGAAUACCUUAAGAUCUCACCACAUGGACUGGAGGCUCGAUGUGAUGCCUCAUCUUUUGAAAGUGUGCGAUGUACGUUCUGUGUUGAUUCUGGAAUUUGGUACUAUGAAGUCAAAGUAAUCACUUCAGGAGUGAUGCAGAUAGGAUGGGCCACCAAAGAUAGCAAAUUUCUCAAUCAUGAAGGUUACGGUAUUGGGGACGACGAGUACUCCUGCGCAUAUGACGGCUGCCGGCAGCUGAUUUGGUAUAAUGCCAGAAGUAAACCGCAUUCCCACCCGUGUUGGAAAGAAGGAGACACAAUUGGAUUUCUACUAGAUUUACAAGAAAAGCAAAUGAUCUUCUAUUUAAAUGGAAACCAGCUUCCGGCUGAAAAACAAGUGUUCUCAUCUGCUAUAUCUGGCUUUUUUGCUGCAGCAAGUUUUAUGUCCUAUCAACAGUGUGAGUUCAAUUUUGGAGCAAAACCUUUCAAGUAUCCACCAUCAGCCAGAUUUAGCACCUUUAAUGAUUAUGCCUUCUUGACAAUGGAAGAGAAAAUAAUUUUACCAAGACAUAGACGUCUGGCCUUGUUGAAGCAAGUGAGCAUCCGAGAGAACUGCUGCACGCUUUGCUGUGAUGAGAUAGCAGACACAGAACUCAGGCCAUGUGGACACAGUGACCUGUGCAUGGAGUGUGCCUUGCAACUGGAAACCUGCCCUUUGUGUCGACAGGAAAUACAGACUAGAGUCCGACAGAUCUCCCACAUUUCAUGACACGUGGAGAAAUAUAAUGGACUUAUUUCUAAGCAUUUCCAGCCAAUACUGAAAGGGGAAAGCAUCUCUAACACAUCUAUAUGCUCAUCGACACAAUAGCCAUGGCCAGAUUUCAUGCUAAACUGUAAUCUGUUUCUUAGAAAUGAAAUCCUUAAUAAGAUAAUCCAAAUUGCCAGCACUGGGGAAAUGGUUUUAACCUGGUAAUGAAACCUGGUAGUUCAACAUUUCAUGGCUGUUGAUUACCUGCAAGCAAGACUGCAGGAGAAUGUGUUUCUUUCUCCUUUUAUAUCCCCCACCCCCCAAUAUCACCUGUCACAAGUGCUGAAAAAAAAUUUUGCACUGGAAAUACACACAUGAAGUACACAAAAUCUCCAAAAACAGGGAUGUUCUGUCUCAUACUUGACAGUCUUUAUUUUUGGCAGAAGUCAUUAAUAAAAAAUAUGCCAAUAUCUCUUGUUUAAUGUAGCUGCCUGCUGGUCAGAGAUUCUGUAUUUCUAGACUGUGGCUGUUAAACUGCUGAAAGACUUGAUCUGUACACAAACAGGCUGAUUUGAAAAGAAGGUGCAGAGACUAGAAAAACUCAAGGUUUUGAUAACUCAUUGAUUCCAAAGAACAUUCUGAUUUUCUUUUCCUUUUUUUUUUUAAAUGCAGAAGAUUGAUGGUAUUUUCACUUCAUGGUGUUUCUUAGAACUUCGAUUUCAGUACCCAUACUUUGUUAAAAGAAAAAAAAUUCAGAAGGACUUCUUCUGCUAAUUGUAAUGCUGGACUGGAAGGAGUUUGAUAUUCUGGGUAUUUUUAAGGUACCAUCAAUCAUCAUUUUUUAAUCAGUAUUGUUUUUGCAAGUUAUGUACAUUUUGAAAAUAUUGAGCUAUAUUCUCAAAAGAUUGGGAAAGAAUUCUGGGCAAAUGUAUUAAUAUUGUUUUAAAAAAAUACAUGUUAUUUGAAUAGCAAAUUCA